AUGCGGCUGCCCCUCCUCCUCGGCUCCCUCCUCGCCCUCGCCCACUCCUGUACAGCACUGUACUUCUACCUCGGAGCAGGGGAGAACCGGUGCUUCAUUGAGGAAUUGCCGAAGGAUACGAUUGUUGUGGGGCACUACAAGGGAGAGGAAUGGCAGGAGUCGUCGAAGAGCUGGAUCACGAAUGACCAGCUGGGCAUCCAGAUCGUCGUUGCGGAGGUCGAGUCGGGCGAAAAGGUGGUCAACACGCGCGGACUGCCCGAGGGCAAGUUCACGUUCACGUCGCACGAGGCGGGCGACCACACGAUCUGCCUCAAGAGCAACUACACGGGCGGGUGGUUCUCGACAACGCAGGUGCGGAUGCACCUCGACAUUGCGGUCGGCGAGGCGAAAGUCGACGAGGAGGGCGAGCGGGCGCACGUCAAGGACCUCGCCGAGAAGGUGCGCGACUUGAACCACCGCCUCGCCGACAUUCGCCGCGAACAGCAGUUCCAGCGCGAGCGCGAGGCCGAGUUCCGCGUGUUGAGCGAGCGGACCAACUCGCGCGCGGUCUGGUGGAGCGUGUUCCAGCUUGCCGUCCUCGCGGGCACAUGCUUCUGGCAGCUGCGGCAUCUGCGCCUCUUCUUCGAGAGCAAGAAGCUGCGAUGA